AUGCCGUACUAUCAACAAGACCGCCGCGGUGGCAUGGCACCUCCCAGACGUCUCAUAACCAUUGCCGUCUCCAUCGUUUCCUUCUUCAUCCUGACUGCUCUCGCUAUCGCCCAGUUCGGCCCCUCCUCCGAGUUGCACGCUCGGAAGCUUGCCCAGCGCAUCGAACAUGCCCAGCGCGCCAACCUCCAAUCCGAACCGCGGGACACUUCUCUCGGUGACAAGUAUUUGAUCGGUGUCGGGAAGGCCGACGUCACCGGCCCGGUUGUCGAGGUCGGCUUGGGCGGGUAUGCGGACACCAGCCAGGUCGGAAGCGGUUUGCGCCAGCGGUUGUACUCGCGCACCUUCAUCAUCGGCGAGACCAAGAACCCCAAGAAUCGCGUGGUGUAUAUUGUGCUUGACACGCAGAGUGGAGACACGGCUGUCCGCAAUGGUGUUCUGGAUGCGCUGAAGGGGAUGGGAGACGAGUACUCAGUUUAUGGCCAGUCCAACAUUGCGCUUACGGGAACGCACUCGCAUUCCGGACCGGGUGCGUGGUUCAACUACUUGUUGCCUCAGAUCACGUCGCUGGGGUUCAGCAAGCAGAGUUAUCAGGCGAUUGUGGAUGGUGCUGUGCUGUCGAUCAAAAGGGCGCAUGAGUCCCUUCAGGAGGGUUACCUCGACAUCAGCACAACCGACAUCAACGACGGAAACAAUAACCGCAGUCCCUCCGCAUACCUCGCCAACCCCGAGUCCGAGCGAGCCAAGUACCCCUUCAACACCGACAAGACCUUGACCCUCCUCCGGUUCCGGAGAGCUUCCGAUUUGAAGAGCGUCGGUGUCCUCACUUGGUACCCCGUUCACGGCACGUCCGUCUUUCAGAACAACACGCUCGUGAACGCCGACAACAAGGGCGUUGCCGCAUACCUAUUUGAGCAAUCCGUCAAGGGCGACAGUCGUGCUGCUGAUGGUUUCGUUGCCGGCUUUUCCAACGCGAAUGUGGGUGAUACGACGCCGAAUACGCUGGGUGCCUAUUGUGAUGAUGGUACCGGUGCCGCAUGCGACUUCGAAAGCAGCACUUGUGCCGAUGGCAAGGUGCAGGCUUGUCAUGGAAGGGGGCCGCUUUUCCAGAAGCUGGAUAAGGGCGUAAGCAGCUGCUACGAGAUUGGGAGGAAGCAGUAUGCUGGAGCCAAGAAUGUUUGGACUUCUCUUGAUUCAAGCUCGACGCCGGUUGUUGGCUCUACCGUGAGGUCAUUCCACUACUUCCACGACAUGCGGUACUACAAGUUCAACCUCGACAAUGGCACCGAGGUCCAGACCUGCCCUGCUGCUCUUGGUCACUCCUUCGCUGCUGGCACCUCGGAUGGCCCUGGCGCUUUUGACUUCACCCAGGGCGACUCUGGUGCUCCUAACAAUCCGUUCUGGUCCGUCGUGGGCGGUCUUUUACGAGUUCCGUCCGCUGAGCAGACAGCCUGCCAAAAGCCCAAGCCCAUUCUCCUCGACGUCGGCGAGAUGGACAACCCUUAUGUCUGGACCCCCAACAUUGUCGACAUCCAAUCCUUCCGUGUCGGCCAAUUCUUCAUGAUCAUCUCCCCUUCCGAAGCCACCACCAUGUCCGGCCGUCGCUGGCGCGACGCCGUCAAAGCCGCCGCCAAGCAACAAAAGCUCACCGGUAGCACCGAGCCCGUUGUUGUCCUCGGUGGUCCCGCCAACACCUACGCCCACUACGUCGCCACCCCCGAGGAGUAUGCUGUCCAGCGCUAUGAAGGCGCUAGCACGCUCUUUGGGCAAUACGAACUGCCGGCGUACAUCAACCUCACACUUUCUGCUCUCCCUUACCUCUCCCCCAGCUCUACCAGCUCGCCACCCCCAGGCCCUAGCCCGCCUGACAACAGAGAUGGCUCUCUAUCGUUCAUCACAGGAGUUGUUUACGACGGCGCUCCCUCCUCCAAACCAUUCGGGACGUGCAUCACGCAGCCAUCUUCUUCUUAUACCCGCGGCAGCGUCAUCACUGCCGUCUUCCAAGGCGCCAACCCCCGCAACAACCUGCGACUGGAAGGCACCUACGCCGCGGUCGAGAAACUGGGAGCAGAUGGAAAGACGUGGACGCAGGUGCGGAGUGAUGAGGAUUGGAACUUGACGUACGAAUGGAAGAGGACGAAUGGGUUGUUGGGGUAUAGUGAAGUGACGAUUAGGUGGGAGACGAGAACGGAAAGUAACGGCGAGGGAGAUGAUCCGACAGGGACGUAUAGGAUUAGGUAUUACGGGGAUACGAAGGCUGCUGUUACUGGUAAGGUUACGGAGUUUCAAGGGGUUAGUAGGGAGUUUAAGUUGACUUAG